CGAACGGAAUCGGACGCGCCGGCAAAGGUUGCAUUUCAAAGGGGGAAUCAUCCAUUCCUACCAUUGAGGAAAGCUAGUUAGUGCAAAAUAUUCAGUGCUGGUGCAAGAAAACAUUGUUUCCUAGUAACAUGCGUUCGUACGCGAUUGUUUUGGCCACCGUGCUGGCCGCGGCUGCCGUGACGGCCGAGGUGUACUUCGAGGAAGGAUUCAAAGACGAUUCAUGGCAAAAGACCUGGGUCCAGAGUGAGCACAAGGGCGUCGAGUAUGGCAAGUUUGUGCAUACGGCCGGAAAGUUCUUCAACGAUGCUGAAGCUGACAAAGGUCUGCAAACGUCGCAGGAUGCCCGUUUCUACGCACUGUCGAACAAGUUCACGCCAUUCUCGAACAAGGACGAUACGCUGGUCGUGCAGUUCUCGGUGAAGCACGAGCAGAACAUCGACUGCGGCGGUGGCUACCUGAAGGUGUUCGACUGCUCGGUCGACCAGAAGGACCUGCACGGUGAGACGCCGUACCUGCUCAUGUUCGGACCGGACAUCUGCGGUCCCGGCACGAAGAAGGUGCACGUGAUCUUCAGCUACAAGGGCAAGAACCACCUGGUGAACAAGGACAUCCGCUGCAAGGACGAUGUGUUCACGCACUUCUACACGCUGGUCGUGCGCUCGGACAACACGUACGAGGUGCUGAUCGACAACGAGAAGGUGGAAUCGGGCAGCCUCGAGGACGACUGGGACUUCCUUCCGCCGAAGAAGAUCAAGGAUCCGGAGGCGAAGAAGCCGGAGGACUGGGACGAUCGGGCGACGAUCCCCGACCCGGACGACACCAAGCCGGAGGACUGGGACAAACCAGAGCACAUCCCCGACCCGGAUGCGACCAAGCCGGACGACUGGGACGACGAGAUGGAUGGCGAGUGGGAGCCGCCGAUGAUCGACAACCCGGAGUACAAGGGCGAGUGGAAGCCGAAGCAGAUCGACAACCCGGCCUACAAGGGCGUCUGGGUGCACCCGGAGAUCGACAAUCCGGAGUACGUCGAGGACAAGUCGCUGUACCUGCGUGAGGAGGUGUGCGCCGUCGGUAUUGAUGUGUGGCAGGUGAAAUCGGGCACCAUCUUCGACAACUUCCUCAUCACGAACGAUCUCGAGGCGGCGAAGAAGGCCGCCGCCACCGUCAAGGAAACGCAGGAGGGCGAGAAGAAGGUGAAGGACGCGCAGGAGGCCGAAGAGCGCAAGAAGGCGGAGGAGGAGGCCGCCACCGAGGAGGCCAACAAGGAUGACGACGAUGAGGAUGAUGAUGAUGAGGAGGACAAUGCACUGCCCGGAGAAGCGGCCGAAGUGGACGAUGGCCAUGACGAGCUGUAAAACAACAAACCCGGAAUAAGUGUGUGUGUGCGUAAGCCUUAGCGUUCCUGUGGAAUGCGAUACUAGCGAAGAAGAAGGAAGAAAAGGAAGAACAAAUCGGCUACCACGGAGAGACGACGGUCGUCGAGUACAGACUUAACGGACGGACUGACAGAUAGACAACCAACACAAAAUAGUCAUAAUGAAACGCUGGAAGAAAAAUCGAUCGUGGCAAAUGGGGCUAAACAAAAAAGCGACCAUAGGAAGAAACCCAACCAGAGAGAAGCUCGGACUGAGAAUUGGAUCCUCCGGCAUGCAGCCUGGGUACGUGUCUGCGUGAAUUGCAUUUAGAAGGUCUUACCUACUACCCCCCUGCAGCACAUGCUCUCUUUUGCAAUCCUGUACUAGAGUUAGGGAAGGAUCCUCUCACCAUCUCCUUAGAAGACGCAUCGGUCAAACCAAAAAGGUUCUUCAAGCUUACGUUAACCCCACUUACACCCUAGGAUUCGAGAGGUUUAUUUUUCUUGUUAUGAUUUUAAUAUUUUUUUUUUCUUUUCGUGUGUUCCAUAUUGUGUAUUCGCUCUCGCGAAUCGGCGCCACCGUCGAGAUCAAUCGAAUGGUAAUUGUUAAAUUUUGUGUAAAAAAGAAACACUACUCGAACUAUGUUAAAGUAGUUUGAGUACAAACGAGCGAGAGGAGAAAGGGGAAGGUGUACAAGUGUGAUGAGUUUAGAUUGAUGAAUCUCGCACCGAACGGUCGAUACGGUUUUCCGCCGUUCCGUGUGGGUGUUUUCUUUUAUGGCCA